GAUUGCCCGACUACCUGCCAGCCGGGGGGCAACUCUCGUAGUGGUAUCAAGCCAGCACAGAUUGGAGCGGCGUGUGGCCACAGCUUUAUGCCCUUGCUCACCUGUAUCAGAGCGCCCCCCUCGGCGAGAGUUGCGAGUCGCUGACCCGUGGCAGGUUGAUGCUCGCCCUCUUCAUCUCGCCGGACGAAGACGCCGACCCGGCCGUCUCCAAAGCCGCCGUGCUGAUGGCGUACCUCACGCACCUCGCCGCCUCCCUCGUCCCGGCGGUCGCGGCGCUGGCGGUCCCGCACUCCGAGAAGGACCACCGCGACCUGCUUUCCUCGCGCGACGUGCUGGAGGUGGGGUUCUUCACAAUCCACGUGGUGAUCUUGAACCCCUUGACUACGCUCCUCGUUCUCUACGCCUUUGUCCCGCAGUACUACGUGAUUAAGGCGGCUAGGGGGGCCGGGGAGAGCGCGCUUAGCGCGGCGAUGCUGGGGUCGCAGAGCAUCGUGUUUGCGGUGCUGGCGGCGAGUUGGGUGUGGCGGGCGCCCGGGGCGGAGGGGGAGGGGGUGGUGUGGUGGUGGUUUGUAGAGAGCGGGUGGAUGGGGGUGGAUGCCGUGGUUUUUGCCGGGGUGCAGGGGGCGCUGUGGCUCGUUACGUUCCAACACGCGAGGAAACUUGCGCAAGCGGGGGUAGAGGGAAGAGAAGAGGUGGAGGGGGAGGAGGGGGAGCAGGGAGAGGAAACGCCGUUACUGCGCUCUCGGUAUCGCGGUGAUGGAGGGGGUGAGCGGGAAGAGCAGACACUAUUGUUGGGGUCCGAUGGGGGUUGCGAUGAUGUUGACGUGGAGAGGGUGGUAAGAUAAAUUGGGGACACAAGAGCAGCGCGCGCCCAGGGAGCCCUUGGUAGGUUCAGCGCGAGUUUUGCGAGGGAUUUCGAAGCGGGCGCAGAGAAUACAACCACGCAGAGGGAUGGUGGCCCGUUUUUUGUGCAGAUAUUUCUUUUUGGCCAGCGGAAGGUCGAGGUUGGGCUGUGACUAGGAAGAGAGGGGCCCUGAGUUUGGAGGGUUUUGUUGGAAGUUGUUACAUAUUUAACCACAUAAGAUAUAUUUCAUUAGACAAAGAGGGCACGCGGCGUAGCCACGAUUUUCUAGGGGUAAUACACUUGAAAUUGGACUACGAUC